UCGGUACCGUGUGCCAUGUCUUAUUUUAUGGGUUUUACACCAAUGCUAAAGGAGGAAAACUCCAUCUAAACUCUUAUACUGCUGUCCGACUACCGGGAUAUGAGCUAAACGUGGAAUGUUUUUUUAUUAUAGAUAAAAAUACCACGACCACGGUCGUGGUAUUUUUCGUCAUUUGUGGUAUUAGUCGGGGUAACCACGACCCCAUGCUACUUAUUUAUUUAUUUAAUAUAUUAUAUAACAUAACAAUGACCACGGAUGGGUAAACGCUGUGUAGGACGACCUCCCACUAGAUGGAGUGAGGACCUGAAAUGCGUUGCAGGUAAUGGAUGCAGGUGGCUCAGGACCGUUCUUUAUGGCAGUCUAUUGGGGAGGCUUAUGUCCAGCAGUGGACGGGUAAUGGUUGAAAUGAUGUUGAUGAUGAUGGCAUAUAAGCUAUUGGGGAACUAGUUCUCAUUGAAAACCAGUUCUCACUGGUUCCUUACCUGCACUGACAGGUGAAUAUAAAAACAGGUCAGUGACAUUGUUGACAUAGUUGUGACGAAUUAAAAAAUCAAUCAUGAUGGUUUACAAGAGGAGCAACAUUGAGGCUGCUAGAUUUUAUAACUAAAAAUAGCUUUCCCUCUGUUGAGGCUGUUACCCCAACAGGAAAUGUUUUUAAUAUUAUGGUGACUAGGGAAUGAUAGUGAAAAAGUUGUUCUUUCUUGCCAUGUUACUUUCCACUGAUUUAAUGUUAAAAUUACAUUAUUUACAUCGGUUUUGUAAAACUGAGUAAUGACCAUGUGAGCAUGUCACUUUUCAUCAUGUGAAUGUGAAUGUGAAAGGGACUCCAUUUUCCGCACUUAGCCUCUCAUUUGGGCCAUUGUGCGUAUGAGUCGUGGCUAGUGCAGCCAACCUAGCUCCGUCCAGAAGCGCAGAAGCUUCCUGGGUUCUUCACAGGCCUCACGGAGCGACCUCACCGUUCCGAGGAUUUCUAAACGUUGAUGGGCCACAGCCUCAUAUUCCAGGAUUACGUGAGUUGCCGUUUCUUCGGCGUUGAAACAGCCUCGACAUAGAGGGCUGUCUGUGGCUCCUAUUGUGUAUAAAUGUUUGUUUAAUGGACAAUGACCCGUUAUUGUCCCUAUCAUUGUUUUGAGGUUUUUUCUGUCUAGAUGUAAUAAACGUUUUGAUAGUCGUCACUUUUUCAUCAUUGCUGUGUAAGCCAUGUGGCCUUUAUCAAUUUAUAUAUAUUUUUUAUUAUACUUUGCCAAGUUGAUUUCAAUAUAUCGGUCCAUUGUGUUGGAUCUCUUCCACAACUCUUUUGUCCAUUUAAUACUAUGUUAAAUUUAUCUGGAUGCAUAAAUAUUCAAUAUUUUUUGUAAUGACUUUUUUAUAUUUUGUGAUGGAGGUUGACGGAGAGUAAAACACACUAAUUAGCAAUAAACUGGUGUACUUACAUACAUACAUACAUAUCUGUCACGCCUGUCUCCCAUUAGGGUAGGUAGACAUAUGUCCGUCUAGGGCGGCCCCUACCGACAUCUCCAUUCAUUCUUGCUUGAUAAAUCUCUUAAUCUUCUCUGGUGUACUUAAGAUUUACAUGAUGAAUACUCUGGUUUUAACCAUUUACAAUAUCUCUUUUAUAGUAACUGCUGAGUGCUAAUAUGAAAUAUAAAAUUUGGAAGUUAUUUCAAACAUUUUGCUACGUUCAUGAAACAUGUCAUUAGUUAUGUUACCAUAUCAUAAUUUUGAUACAUAAUUUAUGGCAACACGAUGAAUAUUGCACCAAUAUUUUGCAGAAAGAUAUCCCUUAAUUUUUUUUAGCUAUCUAUGAUUUUAAUAUUUAGUAUUAAUCAAUAAAGGUACUAUUCCUUUAAAAAGAAUUGUAGCCCAUUAGAAUUAUGUUCUAUCUAUACUUAUAAUAAAUCUGUAGAGAGGUCAAUUCUGUACAUGAAAUAUAUUUCCAAAAUAACUAUCAGCGGGUGAUUAGUGAUCGAUACUGAUGCCAAAAAUGCAAUCAGUAAAAUUUUUGUUCGUCUCUCUGUAUGUUCGUUAUAGAAACAAAAACUACUUGACGGAUUCUAACGAAACUUGGUGCAAUUAUUCUUCAUACUCCUGGGCAAGUUAUAGUAUACUUUUCAUUAUGCUACUAUCAAUAGGAGCAGAGCAGUGAAGGGAAAUGUUAGGAAAACGGGAGAAGUUACUCCAUUUUUAAGCUUCUGUCGUGUUUGUGGCCUUAAUGGCCACUUUUUCAAAUGUAAAAUUGUCCACCCGUGCGAUGCUGGGACGGGCCGCUAGUAUUUAAUAGUUAUAUACAUCCUUAAUAUUGCUAUAUUAAUAAUGUAGAAAUAAAUUUGUAAAAUACCUAUAUCUACAUAAGUUAUUUUAUUAGAAUAGAAUAAUUGUGACACAUGUCAAAUAGAUAUUUUACAUAUAUAAAAAUUCAAACUAGCUACUGGUGGCCAGUAUAUAACAGUCCUCCGCCGCUAUUCUGCACUGCUGGACUCUUGGAGCCGGUAGUAACUGCUCCACGUGCCUACGCCACACAGCUCCCUGGUCGGUCUGUACUUCGUAGUGCAAUCGUCCCAGUCUAUUCACUAUAUUGCCAAAUUCCCAUUUUGGCCCGCAUACAUUUUCCCAUUUCCAUGUAUGUAGCCAUUUGUACCAAUCUCGUAAAAGGUGGCGUUUCUCGGUCUUGUAGGAUUCUGAUUCUUAUAUCACUGUCCUUCAAUCCUCGGAUAAAUUGCAAUGAUAUGAAGCUUUCUAAGGUUGGUUUAUGGCAGUUUUGACAUUUGAAUUCACAGUUGUUGGACAAUUUCUUUAAUUCGGAGGCGUACAUUGCUACUGUUUCAUCCUCUUUUUGUACCCGUGUAAUAAAUUUAUGUUGUAAUGCCCAUACACUCGGUAUUGGAUCUAUGUGGUCAUCUAGUGUACGAGUAAGUUCUAUAAAGUUCAUAUUAAUUGGAUCCUCAGGAGAGCAUAGGUCGUGUAACUUUUCAUGAAGUUCAGGAGAUAACGCCGAUAGUAAUAUAUAUACACCUAUCCCCCGAUUUACACGGUACUUGUUUUACACGUUUUCGCUUUUACACGGUUUUCCAAAUAAGUUUUUUUUUUUUGUUUUUAUCCCACUCUACUAAAUGCUUCUGUGUUUGAACACGUGCGCUGUGUACACAUCUCACGGGGAAUCCCGAGCUUAUGUGCUGACUUGCUGCACAUGCGCAUACAGAUGGGCAAAGCACCGGGUUUAAACCCGGUGCUUUGGUAAAAACCCAAUAAACACCCAUAAACUCCCAUAAUCACCCAAAAAAAUAGGUUUUUACGUAUUUUUUUGAAAAUAUGUAAGUAAUACCAAUAAAUUAUUUUUAUAAAUUGUAUUGAUCAAUUCUACAAUAUUAAAUAAAACGUUAACUAAUAAUAUUUCAGGAAAUUUUAAAAAUCUAUAUAUAAUAAAAUGAAAGUAAUUAAUUUUCAGUGUUUUCAUGUUGCAGUUGAUCAACAUGUUGGCCUUUUGCUUCCCGUAGAUACUUUAAAAUUUCUUCAUAACACCUCGUUCGCACACAUGGCCGUAUAUAUUUAAAUUCUUGAGCCACUAACAGUCCGAAAUACUCAUUUCUUUUAUCCUCUUCUCCAUAAAUUAAGCAUUUAGAACAGUUUGUUUCUUCUUUCAGUAAAUUUUCUUUUACUUUAUCCUCGUUUUUUUUCUUUGUUGCGACGACGCUGGGUAAAUCAUCUGGACACUGGGUCUCACUAUCGCCAAAUAUAUUUGGAGAUCGGCUUCGGCUACGGCUUGGCAGACAUUUUUUUCUUUCUACAAUUUUAAAUUAAAUUUAUUAGAAUAAAUGCUUCGAACACACGCGAUCUAAGUACCUUUUGUGUUUAUUAUACCUUACCUACCUAGGUAUAAAAAGAGUACUUACGUAAAUUUUCUUUUAUUAACUGUUUUAUACGAAGAUCUUGAUCUCUCAAAUUAGCAUCCAUUUUACUUCCAGUGAUUAUCAACUAAAUUAAUAAUCCACAAAGUAUUAAAUAACGUUUUUAUGAAAUAUUUAGCACAAAAACAAUACCCUUUAAAUAUCGAUCGUCAGUAACUGUGGCUGACUUACCUAUAUUCUAGCAAGCAGGACUGCCAGAUGUGAAGGGGAAAUCCCCAAUAAAUUGUUGCAUGUGACUGAUGAUGUGAGCAUGUUCGUUUCAUAAUAAAAAUGUUGCCAGGUAACCAAAAAGUCGUAUGUUUUUGUGCGAAUUACGAUCAUAAUCUUUACGAUCGUACAUUAAAAAAUAGACAAAUAAUAGUAUGAGUACGAUUUAAAUCGUAUAUCUGUCAACCCUGCUAGCAAGACAGCGACAAAAUCACGUUGCAUAACAAUGUAGCCCAAGCUUAUAUCUUAUGAAAUAUACGGAAGAGAUACGGACUUAGAAAAAACAGAAAUGUUGUUCUUUGUGGAAGUCAUUGAUGAAAUUCUAUGUAUUUUAGCCCGCAAACUUUCUUCAAACAAAAACAGCGCCAUCUAGUAUCGAGUUCUGUAAUUAUCUCUUUGUUUAUGGAUUUGAAGUAAGACCGCCACGCAUGCAAUACAUUAUGACUGGGGAUUCCCCUAUUCGUCGACGCUGAAUAUGAGGCGACGACAAUCACUGUCAAACGUGUUCACUAUUACUCUGACUCUGGUAACGUGACUUCCUGGUAACGUGUUAGGUAGGAAAAGCAGUAAAAAAGUGCAUAUUAAGGGAGCAGAUUUGAAAUAAUAUUUAUACUUAACAAGAAAUAAUUAAAGGUUCAAUGGGGAGACCUAAAGAUUUACGCAUAUGGGAGCACUACCGUACUUUACCAAACAAGUCUGUUUCUUGCAAGCUUUGUAAUAAGGUCUACAAAUUCAGUAAUGCUGCCAAAAUGCUUCAACAUCUUAUCACUUGUCCAAAAUCUCCAGAAACAUUAAAAGACUCUAUGAAACUUAUAAAAGAUAGCUCGUCCAAAACCAAAAUGUCUGGACUGUCAGAGAUAGAGACAAAUGAUUCUUUUAUAAGCCCCUCGUCGUCUGCUAACACUACAAUAAAUGCUGAGUUUCAAGACACCGAUGAUCAUAUAAAAACAGAAUUAGCGAGAGCUAUAUUUGUAACAGGGACGCCAUUAUCGAUGGUGCAACAUCCUUUAUGGAUACAAUUUUUCGAAAAAUUGCAACCAAAAUUUAAAAUACCUUCACGUAAAGCUUUAGCGACAAAAUACUUAGAUAAAAUAUAUAGAGAAAUGCGUUUUGAGUUAAAUGAGGAACUAAAUGCUUGUAGUUACUUACACCUUCAGUGCGAUGGCUGGUCUAAUUUAAGAAAUGAAGGAAUAAUAAACUUUCUUAUAUCAAAACCUCAACCUGCAUACGUUAAAAGUUUGAAUACAGAAAGUAAUCCUCACACUAGUGAAUACCUUAGCCAAGAAGUUGAAAAAGUAAUGAAAGUGUAUGGAGCAAAUAAGUUUCUUGUACUUAUUGGCGAUAACGCUAGAAAUAUACAAAAGGCAUUCGAAUUAACAAAACUCAAAUAUCCACAUGUUGUUCCUCUCGGUUGCUGUGCACAUAUCCUUAACUUGUUGUGCCAAGAUAUUGUAAAGAUACAAGAAGUAACUGUGUUUAUUAUGCAAGCCAUAAAUAUAAUAAAAACUGUUAAAAGGAGUCAACGAUUAAGUUCCUUGUUGAUAAAAUCAAGGCAGGGUGAAGAUUCUACACAAACACUAAAAUUGCCUUGUGCUACAAGAUGGGGAAGUCAUGUUACUUCGUUAAAAAGUUUGAAAGCAAAUAAGAUAGCUUUGCAAAUAUUAACAGUUAGAGAAGAUGUGGUAAUUUCAAGAGAUAUUAAAGAUUUAAUUCUAAGUGAUGAUUUCUGGACGAAGACAGGGGAAUGUAUAAGUAUUUUGGAACCAGUCACUGAAAGCAUAUUUUACUUAGAGAGCGACCAGAAUCGUUUGCAUCGCACAUACAUUACAUUUAGAGAUGUACAAGCUAAGAUACGUUUUGCAUUAAAUGAGAUUUCGACAUUGAGCGAAGAAAGCAAACAGCAGAUUCUAACAUCAGUAUCUUCAAGAUGCAAUAUGGCAAUGAGGCCAAUACAUUUUGCAGCAUAUAUUCUAGACCCCAGGACUCUAGGAGUCGAACUUACUCAAGAGGAAGAACUUAAGGGUAUGGAGUUUAUCUACAAUUUAAGCCAACACUUAAGUUUGUCAAAUGUAAUGGCAGAUUUGGCGUGUUAUAAAGCUAAAGAAAACUUUUGGGCCAGAGGAUUUGUAUGGAGCUCAUUAGAUAGCAUUGAGCCCCUAAUAUGGUGGAAAGGUAUUUGUGGUUCCACUGAGUUAAGCAAAGUAGCGAUUCGUAUUCUAUCAGCUCCCUGUACUUCGGCAGCCACUGAGCGUUCCUUUAGUAUCCAAGGCUACAUACAUAAUAACAAAAGAAAUCGACUUACAACUGAAAGAACUGAAAAAAUUUCAUUCAUUUGUUAUAACUGGAAUCUUAAACAUAAAGCUGAAUGCGAGGACAUUCAGUUUAAUGAAGAAAAUACCUUAGAAGCUUUCAUUGAGCAAGUAAAUGAACAUAACAGUUUAGACGAAAUAGAGCCUAUCGAACCUAUACAAUUCAUCGCUUGUAAUAACUCUGAAUCUGACAGUGAUUGACUGUAGUUUUACAUUUUACUUUCAUCUCUUUCUUAAUAAACUCAAAAUCAAAUUAAAAGUUUUUUAUUCUGUAGGCUGCAUAAUAAUAUUGUCUAUGUCCAGUAUAGUGGACGUCUUGCGGCUGAGAUGACGAUGAUGAAGUACAAAAUCAUAAACACCCAAAAAUUUGGGUGUUUAUGGGGUUUAAACCCAAUAAACCCAAAACACCCGGUUUUUACCCACCAGACUUUAAACCCACCCAGGUGGAUUGCCCAUCUCUACAUGCGCACUGUGUCUGUAUUUCUUCGCAUAAAAUUAAAGUUUUAUCUAUGGAAAAUUGUAUUUGAGUGAAAGUUUCACAGUGUCAGAAAGAUUUAAUUUUUCAUAUUCGUAAAUUACAAGUGAGUGCAUAAUUAAGAUUUUUAUAAAUUAACAUAAAUUAAAUAAUAUUUAUAAUAAUAUAAUUAUAAUAAUGUCGAAAGAAGUUAAAAGAAAAGUUAUUUCUUUAGAAACUAAAAUCGAAAUUUUGGAUCGCUUUGGAUCGUUUAAUGUAUUGUAAUUAAAUAAAAAAACAGUGUUUCCGUAAUAUAUUACAUAUUUUAACCUGUCAAUGCAUUUUAUUUUUAUUUCUGUGUACACCUAAAAAUAUUGAAAAAAAUCACAACUGUUAAAUAGCAAAAUUAUGCAUUUUCUGCAAGUUUUUCGAUUUACACGGUUUUGACUUGAAAAUUUUAAAUUUUCGAUUUACACGUUUUUCUCAGGAACGUAUCUACCGUGUAAAUCGGGGGAUAGGUGUACUUUAAUUUUAGGGUCUUCAAUGUUGUUUAAUAAGAAAUAUUACUGUUAAUCUUUUCGUAAAAUUUUUAAAGGUUUCCUUUUCUUGAAAUGGUUGAAAGUUCAUUUUGGGAUUUCUGUCUUGACGUGAAUUGGUGCUCGAAGGUGAUGGGGAUAGCUGUGGUGCUGCGGUGGGUUCGUGAUUUCUGUUUUGUAGUAUCAAAAGUUUGGUCUUUAAAAUUGUACGUUUCUCUUCAAAGUCGUACCUUGUUUCUAUUUCUUCAUUAAGUUGUUGCUCUGGUGAUUCUGUUUCUAUUUCGUGUUGAAUUUCUUGUAAUUUUCGUAAUGUUUCUUGAAGUGAUUGAAGUCUUGACUGAAUUUCUUCUUGAGGGAUUGUUUCGUUAUAAUUUUCUAGUUUUGUGAGUAAACCCCGUAGCGAGGCUCGUGUUUUCUUCAAUUUUUUUUCUAUCGAUAGUUGACAUCGUUGCCAGUUUGUAAAAUACGUAUAUCUACAUAAGUUAUUUUAUUAGAAUAGAAUAAUUGUGACACAUGUCAAAUAGAUAUUUCACAUAUAUAAAAAUUCGAACUAGCUACUGGUGGCCAGUAUAUAACAAAAUUAUUAUGUACAGUUGUAGUUUGUACAGUUGUGGUGCAAAACUGAGACUUU